UGUGGCUAUCAUUCUGUGCUCCACCGAACCAACGGCUCGCAUUAUUAAAACUGGCCAUGCAAGCCCGACAUUGUAGCUACUUUCCGUACAUCAUCAUUAAUAUCGCCUGAAUUUGGAGCAAGGACUAAUACAAUUAUUUAGUGUGGUGUCGUUUAUCUUCUGAUUUGACCCGCUUAACCACUGACGUCCUGAAUAGGAUUUGCGGUCUGUCAAUGAGGAACUACAGGCUCAUCUUUUGCCAUAACCUGAAGCAGCCAUAGAUCAUUUAAUUUACUACUCGUGAGUGGAGCAGGAGAUCAAGUCAACUUCUGGGUGUUUGAAGUACAACAAGACGGACUGAAGCAGCCAGGCUGUGGAGGCGAUGAGGAAGAGCCUCUCUACUUCCCUCAAUGACUCCCUCAGCACUGCCAGAGUGUUCGGGAUCCCCCUGGAGGAGGUGCAUCACAGUGGACAGCCGGGGCAUGAGGUCCCUCUGCUGGUUAGGAGCAUCGUGGAGUACAUCGAAGAGCAUGGAGGCCUGCACCUGGAGGGUCUGUUUUUAGUGAACGGCAACGCAGAACGCGUGGAAUGGCUCAGGCAACGCUACGACAGCGGCGUGGAAGUUGAUCUGGAAAAGGAGGCUGACCUGGCAUCCGCCGUCAGUCUGCUACGCCUCUUUCUGCAAGAGCUCCCCGAACCCAUCAUCCCUGCCAGCUUGCAGGCACAAAUACUGCAGCUCUAUCAGGACUACAGCAGUGAGGAGGAGCUGGGAAGAAACAUGAAGUACUUCCUUCAGCAGCUGCCGCAGGUCAACUACAGCUUACUCCGCUUCCUGUGCCGAUUUCUGUCCGGUGUGGCAUCUCUUCAGGAGGAGAGCUGGAGCGUAGGGGCUCUCGCCGCCGUCUUCGGCCCAGACAUUUUCCAUUUAGACACAGAUGUUGAAGAUCUGAAAGAACAGGAGUCUGUCAGUCGUAUCCUGGCAGAACUGCUGGAGAACCAGGAGGAGUUCUUUGAUGCAGAGGAGGACGACAUCUCCAACACCAAUGACUACAGCUCCAUUAAUGACCAGAUCACCGAGCUCCUGGAGGAAGAGAAGCUGGAAGCCUGCGAGGAGCUCCCACAAGAUGGCGAGGACGGCCCUUCUUCUCUCUCACCCAAACAUGACCACGUCACCCCCUCCUCCAGUUCACAUAUUGCUUCCAUCAGCAUCCUUCCUGGAUCUACGGAUUUGAUCCAGAGGACACUCCGCGCUGCAGUGGAACAGCAUUUUCUGGACCUACAAACAUCUAUUGACAAGGAGCUCAGCAGCUAUGAGAGUCAGGUUUUGGAUUCCCUGCCAAUUAAGGGGAACUGCCCUACUCAGAAAACGGAGGGGACUGAGGACCAUGAAGCUGUGCAGUCUGAAUCUGAUGCAGAAGAUGAGACGCUCCCAGAGAAAGUUAGUGAGGAUGAACAACCUUCUGAGAACAGCGAGGGACCUCAGCUCAGCAGUCCGACCACGGAGGAAAGUUCUGGAAUGGACCUUGACACGGAGGCUCAUAUAGAUGCAGAGAAUCUUAACACAGAAAGAUUGGAGAGCCACCCUGACUAUGAGCAGAUGGACCUGGCUGAAGUUACCACCUGUGAGCCAGGCACGUGUGACCUGAAUGCUAAUACAGAGCCCAUGGAGUCAGUUAACGGCCCUCAGACUAUGAGUAGAAGUGUGUUUACGGACAGUGAGCAGGAAGCAUCAUGCCCCAUCACUUUCCCUCUCAUUGACUUCACAUGUAUGCAUCUGCAGAGGGAAGGGAGCGACACUGUGUCGGUGUACAUGUCAUGGCAAGAGGAGGCCGAGUCAGGAGAAGCCCAGCUGUCUCCACUGGCAGGCCGCAUGAUGCCUCUCCCUCUGGAGGAGGACCACCAGCCCUUACUUGCCCGACGCUUUCUCGACUUUGGCCACAGUCAGAGGUUCCUACAGCAGGACCAUGAUGCCACAUCUAAAGCUCUGUCCUGUGGGAGGCCUCGUCGAGCCUCCCUCAGUUCCAAAGACAGUAUGAAGGGAGACACAGUCUUCCAACAGCUCACCAAGAAACUCCAGAACCUGAAGAAGAAGAUCAAGCAAUUUGAGGAGCAGUUCGAGAAGGAGAAAAACUAUAAGCCGUCUCACGCUGAUAAGGCUGCCGAUCCAAAGGUCCUGAAGUGGAUGACCGACCUCACCAAAAUCCGCAAACAGCUUAAAGGACGACAGCACCUCUUGCCCAAAGGUUCCCUGAGGCACCAGGCUGUGCUUCAGUUACACAGACGCCACUCAGCCUCCGUCCCGAACACACCCCAUUUUACACUGUCACGCCCCCUCAAUGCCUCUAGACAGGCGCCCCUCUUCUAUGCCAAACAUAAGGCUGAAAGCGAGCUGACUCCACAGACGCGUCCACGCAGUAACACGCUGCCCAAAAGCUUUGGCUCCACACUGGAGCAUUCGGCUCACGAGAGCCCUGCGGAGAACGAAGCGUGGGGUCACAAACCCACCCGAGAGGAGACGCUGGAGCUCAUUCAGCAGCGCAUCAAAGCCAAGAGAGAAGAGGAUGGCUGGCCGGAGGAUGUCAAAAAAAUGACUAAGGAGGACCUUACCUGUGAGAAAUCAGUCCUGCAGAAGAACCUGCUGUAUUAUGAAGGAUUUCAUGGGCGCCCCGUCACCCGAGAGGAACGAUUGACCGUGAAGCAUGUGUAUGACAGAUAUCGGCUUGUCAAACAGAUGCUCACCCGUGUCAGCAUCACCCCUAUCAUAGCGUCACCCUCCAGCAAACGGCGCAAUCAGAUGUUACAGCCCAUCAUCGAGGGCGAAACCUCCCACUUCUGCGGUGAGAUCGAAGAAGAGGAGGAGGAAGAGGGCAGGGGCCAGCAGGAAAAUGAAGUAAUGCAGAGCGAGAACUCGGAAAUCAUCAUGGACCCGGUGGGCCAACCCAGCUUUCAGCAGAGUUCCCAAGAGAACAUCCUGAGCUCGGGGAAACUCAGUCUGGAUCUGCGGCUCUCUAGUUCGAACGCCUCCUCCAUGCCUGAGCUCCUGGAGCAGCUGUGGAAAGCCAGGGCAGAUAAGAAGAAACUGCGCAAGACCAUCAGAGAAUUUGAGGAUGAAUUCUACCAGCAGAACGGCAGAAAUGUUCAGAAAGAAGACCGCAUGCCUAUGAUGGACGAAUACAAAGAGUACAAACGCAUUAAAGCCAAACUGCGGCUUCUGGAGGUCCUCAUCAGCAAGCAGGAUUCCUCCAAGUCAAUCUAAAUCCCCGAGGCGUGGGAGCCAACCGUAUCAGAGAGGACCCAUAUGACCUCAAAGGCCCAACCAAUGCCCUUUUGACUUACCGUGUCAGCGUCAGCAUCCAUCAACCGCUGCGCUGGGCUGCGGCCCCUCUCAGUCACUCACACAGCCACUGAAGCUCUUGUUUUCUGUCCUCUGAUUAAUCAGAAUUUUGUUUGGCUUUUAAUAAUAUGACUUUUCUCAGCUUUUUUUUUACAUAGACCUCUAGCUUUCUCAUAAUGAGAAGUCAGCAGAGGAGACGUGAGUCACGGUAUCAGUUGCAUCAGUUACGUGUACAUUUGGACAUUUAGCACUGAACUCUUCCACAGACCACAGAGAUGGUCAUCAUAUUUCAAGCACCCAUGUCAUAGUCUCCCCCUUCCCUUAUUCAUGGGAUUGGGACAGAAGUUUCUACAGUAUGUAUAAAUCUAUACAGUUGGUUUAAAUAUUUGUGUUUUUUUUGCGGAUUGAAAAAUGUUUCUCUGCUAAAAAUCAGAGGAAGGUGGUGCUCUUUUUUUGUAAGAACAUGUAAGGAUCACCAGCUGAUCGGACUGACUCAAACUACCCGACAAAUCCUGUCGCAAGCUAUUUCUGUAAACUUUGUUAUUUGACCACAUCACUGACUCAUAUGUAUAUGAUACUUAACUGUUCAUGUACCUCUGUAUGUAACUCUUACUGUGUUCAUAGCUCAAAUCUGUAAUGUGCAUUCGACUAAUGGAUGAUGUCAUGAAAGUUAAUUUAUAUGCCAAACUAAUCUGUAGUUGGUUUGUCAAUGUUACAGGCCAGUGACGGUUUCAGAGAACAUGCUGUUUAUAGUCGCUUAUUUCUGAAUGGACAGACCCACUUUUGAUAGAUGGGAGUUAGUUUUUUUUAAGUAGUGAUAAAUUGGUUUUUGGACUUUUCAGCACAUCUACUUUCAGCGAGCAACAUGGCUCAAAGCAUCCAGUCCAGUUUUUGGCAAGUUCAAAGUUCAUUAGAUGACUCGAGGAGCACAGAACACAGUGUGAACCCUGAUCAUGGCAUACACACUUUCGUAAAUUGUGUCUCGUGUUUUUAGGACUUGAGAUCGGUUGAGGUUUCUUCCUCAUGUGGUCAUGUUGCACUUUUCAUCGUGAUCACUUUUCAGCUGCCAACCCAUAUCAGUAUCAUUUUUACAACCCAUCUGUGGUUAUGGCUGUUCUUGCGUGUAAUUGUUAUGUUAUGCAAUUGGAUGUGCAGUGCACUAAUAAAGUCUUAUCAAAGAGAUAAGAGAUCUCUGACAGUUAGGCACACUACUAGAUGUUUUGAUUGCUGUUGUUGAGAACAGUGCAGUUGACGGCAUGAAAUGUAAAGGCUGAUUAUACUAGGGGUGAACCGAACGAGUCUCACGAAGAGUAACGUAGUUACAAUGUCGGCAUGAACAGAUGUGUUUGGGACUGUUGAAGGAGACGAUAGAGACUAUUUGCACAGCAUUCUGGGAAUGCAGCCUGUUUUGUUCGUUCAAACUGUUUCUUGUUUAUUCGAGCACUUGUGCGUGAAGGAUGUUUGUGCAGGUUAAGUUAUAUUACACUAUCACUGUGGUGUAAGUGUGAUGUCGUUUUUUUAUUGUGGUUGUUUUGUACUCUCAUUUUUAAGCAUUUCACAUUUCUGCGAUACAUCUUUACCGUGUGAUUCCUCUGUAUCAGUGAAACAUCUGCUUUGUCCUGUUUUGUAUAAGCUUGUCAGUUGUAGGAUUGCAUGGCAGAAAUUUGUAUUUCUAUUUUUGUGCCAUGAAAAUUAAGCAAUAAUUAGCAAUGAGGCCUAUAUCAAUUGAAUGAGAGGCCUCCUGUAUCCAGUAUGUGCGUUUUCAAUAAACCGCUUGCAAGUA